AUGGUGGAGGAGCUUGGUAUGCUCAACAUUGUUCUCCCUCUGCGCAAGUGCAAGAAGCUGAAUAACCAACUGCGGAAUACCGGUCUUGACAAGAGGAUCCUAGGCCUCAUCCAGGAGUUUGAGGUUCGCUGGAACACGGACCUGGAUUUGUUGAAAUCGAUUGACAACAACUGGAUACAGAUCAAUGAAGCCCUUCCCGACGGUGAUCCAAACAAGCUAACCGCCUCGCUAACCGCCGAGGAACGAUUACCCUACUCUUCCUCUUGCGUGCCUCAACAUAACGCGACUGAAGGAAGAAGCAUAUCGAUAAACCUCUGCAACUUCCAGACUUCAGGUAACGUAAACCAAGCACAUAACAAUCAAAGUACCAGCACAGAAGUAGUGCUAACAGAUGGAACCUCUGACAAAGGUAAUGCCAAGAAACAUACAGGACAGCGUACCAGUGCCAGAAGGGCUGAACUAGAAGAAACAAUUGCGGAAGAGGAUUGUCAAUUUGUCACCUUGGAUAUCAGGAAUCCAGAAUGUGAAGAUCCUGGUUCCUCAGAAGGAUUUACCCUAGGUGCGGAAUCCAACUGGACAGAUAGGUCUGUUUUGGAGAAUGAUGGUGACAGUGUUCAUGAGGGAGAAGGUUACACUUUCACUUUCCCUGAUAGCACAGGUAAGAUGUGUUGAAACACAUUUAGAUAAAAAUCACUUUAGGUGCUAAAUUUCUAUUACAUUUAAGAGAAGAAGGUAUGGUGUCCCAUUCAGCUGUUGACAAAGCCGUUGAUGGUGAGAAUGAUUUAUUUUCAAAGUUCAGUGAAACUAUCAAGGUGAGAUGCAUUAUUUAUUUUCCUGAAGUUGAAAGUAAUAUUAAGCUGCUAGAAUAAAGCUUGUUAUUAAUUACUUUACAGCUAGAUUAUAACCUUGAGUUUAUUUUGUUAACCCUUUAACUCAUGUCAUACCCAAAUCACAUUCACUUUGAAGCCCCUUUUACGGCGCAUUUUCCCCCAUAGAUGAUUUUUCGGAGCACGAACGCGUUCCUCGCAGGCGCGCAAUGAAUAGGGUAUUCCAGGCUAUCCAAAACGGAAGUAGGAAAAGAACAAACUCACUGACUUUUCUGUUUCCGUGAUGACUCUGAUUGGUUGAAUUGAUCACGUGCCACGACGGCGUUUCAGGUAUGAAAAACUAUCAGGUCAGUUCCGAGCUCGCUUCCAUAUUUGAGAGGUUAGAAUCGGACCAAACUACCAUGGUAAUUUCUCAUACUGAGCAGGCGGAAACAGGUCAAUCGGUGAGUUUGUUCUUUUUCACUUCCGUUCUAGAUAGCCUGGAACACCCUAUUGAACUCCCCGUCGGAAUUUCUGGCCCCACCCAGUGCUGCCUAUUUCCUACCUAAAGUCACUAAAUCGCACACAGCGAGCAAAUUCUGUGCUUGUUCCUUGAGGCUGUCUGGCUGCCUGAGAACGCACCCUGAAAUUUGAAGCAUUUG